UGAACACUUUUUCAGGAAGCAGAACGUUAUUAAUAAAAGUCAGAUGUUGCUCAUAGCUGAAAAAAAGACCGACGGCGUUGCUCUGGUUGAGGAUCUGGUGAACGCAGCGUCUAUGGAAGCAAUCUGAACCACAGAAUCAAGGCAUCUGCACUGGUGUUACAUGGUUCUUCUCCAUGAUUCAAAAAGGAUCCAAGUACUGCAACAAAGUCUACAAUGGGAUGGCUUAGAUCAAACCAUUUGGCACUGACCUUACUGAAAGGGGAAACUUAAGGCUUACAAAAACUUUGUAUUUUCUGUCCUGGAGGGUUUACUAAGAAACUGGUUCAGUUGUAAAGCAGGAAGUAAUGGCGCCCUGCAGCCUCUCGUCUUUUUGAGCGUCAGCAGCCAAAACGGGGCAGGAAUGAUCUAUCUGGCUCACACGGCACACCGCCAGUUCCUGGGUCUUGUAUUCGGCUUCCUGGCGUGGCUCUUCAUUGUGACGACGACCGGCAUCAACGAGUGGCGGCUCUGGUACGUGAACGACGUGUCCGUCAUCACGUCAGGCGUGGCCUGGGUGGGGAUCUGGAGGGCGUGCUUUUACAGCCACGUCCUCCCAGAGGCAGAGUACUGUCGCAGCAUCGGCGUCUCAGACAGCUUCGCCCCUGCCGAGAUCUCCUCGGCUCAGGUCCUGAUGAUGCUGGCGGUGAUCACCGGCCUGUUGGGGAACAUCAGCGCGGCGGUGGCCGUGAGGUUCGCCUACUUCUCAGUGGAAGACCGCAGGAACAUGAGGCUGAGCUUCGCGCUGGCCGGGGCUCUGUAUUUGGUCACGGCGUCGUUGUCCCUGGUGCCUCUGGUGUGGAACAUGACCUCCGUUCUGAACAACAGCACCAUAGACUUUCCUCCGGAGUUCAAGCUGCCUGUUGCUCCGGUCCAGCAGAGUGUGGGAACAGCCAUCGGAAUGGGAAUGUUUGCUUCCAUCCUGAUGCUUAUAAGCGGAGUGAUCUUCUUCUGCUACAGGCAUUCAUCGCAAACCGUGGACCAGCUCAAGGGCCACUGGACGGUACCAACGCUGCCCAAGAAGUUUGAGCUGCCCAUCGGUGACAGUCGAGCCAUGGAUAACCCGGGGUUCUACAGUGAAGAAAGAUUGUGAUGCCUCUACACAUUUUUCCUGCAUUAACAAAAACGUAUAUAUUGAGAACAUUUCUGAACUACAAAGCAACCACAGCCGUGUGUUAAAGAUCAUAACAUUCCUCAGGAAUGGCGCCAUCAAUCUCGGAGUACCUCCAAAAACUCAAAGACCAGAAGAAAUCACCCUGUUGAACACCAUCUCAUGUGUUACAUAAUCUCUGUGACAGGAAUCCAAAUAAAUACAACCAUCAAUUACUAGAUUAUUCAAUGCUUUUGUAGGAGACAACAUUUAAAAUGUUAUCUCCGUCUAAGUUGACAUGGCCGUCUUGUUUCCAGUGAUCUUUCCCAAAUGCCACCUGACCCUGAUUUGUCGAGCUAGUGACCCCUGAAGACCAGUAACAGUCAGCUGGUACCUGGGACCGGACUGGUUGGAGAGGAUACUCUGAACCCUGGAGGAACAGACGAGACCUCUGAACCCGAAUUCAUCUCUAAACUACAUCCUACGUGCAACGUCUGGCAGGGAUAUUCUCACUCUCUCUUUUUUCAGCUGAGCAUGAAAAAAAACAUAGAUGAUAGUUAACAAGAGGUAAGACAACCAUGGUAGCUAUGGUGACACGUUUAACAGACAUUAAAAUGAUAAAUCUAGAUUCGUAAGUUCAGAUGAGUAAUAAAACCAACAUUGCAAAUAUUAAUAAAAUAGGAAAAGUAGGAAAAGAUUCCAAAAAUAAAAUACAUACAUGAAAAUCUACAUCUAAUUCAAAUAACUGAUGUAGAGCUUCCUUCAUCACAACAGUAAAACAAAAUACGCUGGCAAAACAGUUACAUAUUGUUUAGAAUAUAUUGCAGAUUUUCUAACACGAUUUAUUCUCCCUCUUUUACUUCACAAGUCUCCUCAGCUUCUGCAGGUCUAUCAUUUAAAACAGCUUAAAGGGGCAGUAUUCUAUAAAAUUGACUUUUUGAGUUUUACGUCAUGCUAGAAUUUGAUUCCCUCAUCAAAAACAUACCUGAGGCGCCGCCUUGACAAAUCCGUUGAUCUCCAGGUUCAACCACACACCUGUGCAAAGCGCCUGGGUGGACCUAGCCCCACCUACGAGACCCGGGCGUCUGAUCUUCCACCUCCCCCACUGAGCUCCUUAAGACUAGUCAGCAGCAAUUAGCUCACUUACUGACGUCUCAGUGGAACGCUGAGAAACUUUGUUUAAGGGUUAAAGUCUCUGAAAGAGCAGGAGUUUCUCAAAGAGACAGAGGCCCAGUUUCAAAAAAGUCAUAUUUAAUAGAUAUGGUAAUUUUAUAACUGAAGGCAGCAAAGUGAUUGUGCUAUAAAAUGGCGCUGUGUGCCUGGAAAAUACAUAAUACCGCCCCUUUAAUAUAGGAGCUGGAGGAUCAGCCGACCUCCGAUGAUUUAAUAAAGUGUUUCAAUAAAAAAAGCCAGAAUAGCUGACUUUAAUAUGUAAAUAAAUACACGAGACAUCACGUGUUGCUCGUUACGACUGGGCUGAAGGACUCUGGGGAUUCUUAUCCUCAGAUGGUCAUAAACAUGAUUUCCGCUCCGUUAUCACGCGGCGCCCUCAGCAGUGGGCCAGCCUCUGGGCCCGUGACGACAGAUCGGUGGUAUCGCAGCUCCGGCCGGGGAGGGAGGCCGAGGUGUGGGCUUCUGUCGGCCUCCAUGUGAGGACGGGGAUCAGCGAGUCAGGUUGACUGGGGGCCUCACUCACGUGACCUGUGUAGGACGAGAGCAGGCAUGCGAGUACGUAGAGGGGCCCGCCUUACUGGGGGUGAUUGUUGCAAGGCAAGGCAUGCUCUCUCUCCCUCUUUCUCUCUCUCUUGCUCGCUCUCUCUCACGCUGGUCCAGCGGCUUGCUGCACCUCUCUGGAGGCGGGUGGAAAAACAAAAGCUCCUCUUCUUGACUUCACUUCAUUCGAACUCGGCUCACUUUACAAUCACAAAGUGGAUUACAGCUGUGAGGUAUUUACGUUAACAUAAUGGGUCAAGAACAUUCUGGUAGACUACAUAUAAUGUCUGAGGAAGCUAGAGAGGGCCUGCAGAUAUCGGCAGGCUAAUAACAGGCUUUGCCGAAAAACGCAUCCCCCUGCUGACCUGGAGAAAUAAAGAGUUAAGAGUGAAAUAACUUUUUCUACAUAUUCAAACUUGUUCUAUGAACUGCAGGUAUAAGUUUUAUCUCAAUAGAAUAUUGAGGUCUGUAAUAAGGCAAGCUAAUAAUCUGCUAUGCCAAAAAAGGCAUAACUUGAAUAAAUGAAGAGUUAUUUCUACCUAAUGACACUUGUUUUCUAAGGUGUAAGUUUCAUAUCAAUAGGACAAUAGACAGGGGAUGGAAAUAUUGGCAAGCUCAGAUAUUGAAAUGCAUCAUCCCCCCACAUUAAUAGACAAUAUAAUGAUAUAAAAUGUUCUACAUAAUAGGUCUGUGUUUUGUGAUGCUUUAAACCAUUAUGGUGUUAAAAAAAAUAAAUAAAUCGGGGAAUUUAUAACAUUUUCAUCAGACACUAAAAAACGUUCAGCUCGUAGGUGUAAAAGGUGUAAAAACCGUAUUUAUUUCUAUUAAUCUGCCAAAUAAAACCCACCGCUUUAGAACUGACGUGCUGAAGAAACGUGAUGACGUCACGGACAUCUACGUUUCCUCCUUCCUCUCCAAACUCUCGUCAACAUGCGAGAGUUUGGAGAGACGCGCGCUCCCGCGACGGGGCGCGCAGUUCUCGGCAGGCAAACCGGCUGGUUUAUCUGAUCCGCCUCGCUUCGUCAUCAAAUUCAUCGGCUAGAAAUCAUUGAUAGAGCAGUAAAAAUAAACACAACUCUGAUGACUGGUGCAGAGGUUUCCAGUGUUUGUUUGUUUUUUUCCCCCUACUGACUGGUUGACAUUUUUGUUGACAUUUUCCUGAGUUUAACUAAGAUAAAGAGAGAGAAGCUGAUCUCCAGCAUAACUUUUAUGUUUUUAUGUCAGUCAGAGAUCAGUGGUAACAUCACAACAUGUAUGUUUUGCUGCAGUGGUGGAGCAACUAGCGCUAUUUAUUUAUUUAUUUGCUUUUAAACGUUUUACAUGAGCGGAUAUGAUUGAAGGUUGACCUUCAGGA